UUAAUUUCCAAAAGAAUGAGAAAUUUAUUGUUCAGUUUAAUCAUGGCCGAUAUAACAUCACAAUCGGGACAAUUGCGAACAAAAUUGGGUGAUAUCGUUGAACACAGUUCAACGGCUCUAAAUGAAGCAACAGAAGUCACAAAAGGACUACGUAAUGUGGUUGGAUGGUUAAAACAGGCCUCCAUAGAAGUACGCGAAGCUGGCAAACGUGCUGUCACACAAAUACAAACCUCAAAUCCCAAUUUAUCACACGACUUUGAUUUGGACGAACCGGAUUUAAUAUCACCCACAUCGCUGAAUACCGAAGAUACAUCGUACGAAACAAAAUCCUUAUCAAAUCAGGAUCUAACACCGCAUACACGACACUCGAUCAGUCAGCCCCAAAGUCCACGGGCUCGUAGUCGUGUUGAUAAUUUUACUGCCGGCUAUCAUCGUUCGACUUCGAUUAUAACACAAUUGGAAAAAUCGAAAAUACUUUUAAAAAUGUCCGAUCAAAAUGAUAAACUGUGUAUUCUGCAUUACAAUGAUGUGUAUAAUGUAGAUGUAACGACAGAAGUGGAGCCAAUUGGUGGGGCGGCUCGGUUUUGUACGGCUAUCAAAACAUUUCAAGAUGAAGAUCCUUUGGUGUUGUUUAGUGGUGAUAUAUUUUCGCCCAGCAUGUUAAGUACUUUUACUCAGGGCGAACAAAUGGUUCCGGUACUAAAUGCGGUGGGUACACAUUGUGCAGUUUUUGGAAAUCAUGAUUUGGUGAAUCAUGGUCUCGAUGUGCUAGUGGAACUUAUCAAAAAGACCCCCUUCCCUUGGCUCAUGUCCAAUGUCGUAGACAAUGAAACGGGACGACCUUUGGGCGGUGGCAAGAUCUCACAUUUUAUUUUUCACAAUCAAAUCUCUAUUGGUCUCAUCGGUCUAGUGGAACGGGAAUGGCUUGAAACAUUACCCACUAUAGAUCCUAAAGAAGUAACUUACAUAGAUUAUGUAGAAGCAGGCAAUAAAUUGGCCGCCGAAUUAAGAAACGAAGGCUGUGAAUUAAUUAUCGCUCUCACACACAUGCGUACACCGAACGAUAUAAAUUUAGCGGAAAAUUGUCCCGGUAUUGAUAUCAUUUUGGGCGGACACGAUCAUGUCUACGAAAUUAAAGAGGUAAAUGGUAUAAAUAUCAUAAAAUCCGGCACAGAUUUUCGACAAUUUUCCAAAAUCAUCAUACACAAAGAACGAGAUGAAAAUGGUCGCAUUAAAAUCGAUGUUGAACCCAUCGAUGUGACAGCGAAAUACGAAGAAGAUGCUGAAUUGAAAACUGAACUGGCAAAAUAUUCCGAAGUUAUAGAGGCUAAAAUGACAGAAGUUUUGGGUAACUUUAGUGUAGAAUUGGACGGUCGUUUUUCGACUAUACGUACACAAGAAACGAAUUUGGGCGAUUGGGUGUGUGAUGUAGUGCUGGCAGCUACAGGAGCCGAUGUGGUUAUCAUAAAUUCGGGUACAUUUAGAUCGGAUCAAAUACAUCCACCGGGACCAUUUACCAUGAAAGAUUUAGUGAAUAUAAUACCCAUGAGAGAUCCUUUAAUACUGAUAGAAGUAACUGGUAAAUGUUUAUAUGAAGCGCUAGAGAAUUCAGUAUCGGGUUAUCCUAAACUUGAGGGUAGAUUUCCUCAGGUUUCAGGAGUAGUAUUUGCUUUUGAUCCCACCAAACCACCUGGACAACGAGUGGAUCCACAAUUGGUACAAGUGGGAGAUGAAUAUUUAAAUAUGCAGCAGAGAUAUAAAAUCUGUAUUAAAAGUUAUAUUUAUAAUGGCUGUGAUGGUUUUACUAUGUUUAAGGAUGCUAAAGUAUUGAUGGAUGAUGAUUCCUGCCCCGAACUCGGUUUAACAGUACAAAAUCAUUUUAAAGCAAUUAAUUUACGCACCGGCAAAGGUGGCCAUCAUACUAAGCAUCGACAAUCCUUGGUCACACUCUCCCGCCGUCACAGUAUGGUGCAAAUGUUAGAUAAUUUAGAAUUGGAUGGUCCCUCGCCCAUACGCAAAUUAUCAGCUGGUCAUCAAGCUAAAUCAAUAGAUUUAUCAAAUACAAAUUGCUCAAAAAUGUUACGUCGUGCUUCCUUAGAUGAUUUAGAACAGGCCAGUUGUCAAUUGGCACCCAAAAUACAACAUAGAAUAAUACGCAUACAAAUCAUGAGCAUUACCAACCAACUACUCAUGAAAAAGGAGACUUCAAUUAAAAACUCCACCAUCACCGAAGCCGAAGAUGAAUAAAUUUAAUUCGAAUAAUUGUAUAAAAAUAAAAUUAAAUUCCAUUAACACUAAAUUAACUGCUAACGUACACUACUUAUUACUCCUCGUAUAAACUAAACUCAAAAGAACAGAAACCAAAACUUUUCAUAGUUUUGAAACUAGAAUUUAUAACCUCAAAAAUAACAAACGUAAAAACGGAAAACGCGCAAAUUGCUAAAUUAACAUUUUUAAAAUAGCAUUUCUUCUUAACAUAAUAAUUUUAUUUCCAGUCCUUAUAAAUGUUUGACCCCCGCGUAAUUGUUAAUGUUCUUAAUUUUAUUAUAAUUUUAUAAAAAUUAUUGUUAUAGAAAAAAAAAACAAAGAAUUUAUUUAUAACUUAAACGCAAAAAAGAAAAAGAAAACAAAAAAUAACUAUGCCUUUUUUAUUAUAAAUACUAACACUAAUUUAAUUUAGAGAAAAUUAAAUGUAUAAAUUAAACUAAACAACAAACUAUGUACUCAAUAAAACUCUAUAUAGUUUUGCAAAGUAUUUCGAAUUUUAAAACAGUUAUAAGAAAGUAUAUUUGCAUUUUAAGGAUUUUAAACAAAAUUUUGUUGGAAAAUAUGCAAACGAUUGAAGAUUAAUUUAACAUUUCAUCAACAUGAAAAAGUUCCUAACUUUUUUUUUCAAAUUUCAUUUAAUUUUAUAAACAAUGCAAACAUACUUUUCUUUUAAUAUAAUACUUAUAUCCAGCAAACUAUUUAAUGAGUAAAACUGAUAUUAACUGAAACAAAACUAAACAGAUAUUAGUUAUAAAAGAAAAAAAGCUUUAAUACAAAAUUAUUUAUACAAAAACUUAAACAAAAUAAAAAAAUAAAACUAAACGCUAGCAAUGAAUGUAAGUAAGUAAAUAACAAAGAUUGUUAUAGAUAAACAAAAACUAGAAAAAAAAAA